UCUGUCGCCCGGUCCGCUUCUUCUUAUCUAGCUGCAAGAGCCGCGGGCUGAAUUCCUAUCAACCUCUGCCAGAUCAAUGCAUAGCUUUUAAAACAUUUAUAAUGGCGAUGGGAAAAGUAACGAUAUUUCUACUUCAGUUGUCGUGGACUGUUCAUCUUGUAACAGCCAUUCAGAGGAAAGAUAUAUUUCCUUAUGGGACACUGAGCGGCGAUUUCACUCUGCAGGAGGGGGACGACGAGACGUCCAAAGUACUCGCGUUGAAGAGACCUCUCUAUUUCUAUGGUUCGCAGUUCAAUGAGCUAUACGUGGCAACCAAUGGCAUCAUCUCAGCCCAGGACCUGCCUAUGGAGAAGCAGUACGUGGACGAUGGCUUCCCCACCGACUUCCCCGUCAUCGCCCCCUUCCUGGCAGACAUCGACACCAGCAAGGGGAAGGGCGCCAUCUACUACCGAGUCACCGAGUUGCCCGCCCUUCUCAACCGGGUGGCGCAGGAGGUGCACCGGGGCUUCCCCGGCGGCCAAUUCACACCCACGCACGCCGUCAUCGCCACCUGGGAGAACGUUGCCGCCUAUGAGGAGGUGACGCGUGCCACCGGGCCAUCCAAUAGGUUGAACACGUUCCAGGCGGUGGUGGCCUACGAUGAGAAUGACUCCUAUGCCCUCUUCCUCUACCCCGAGGACGGACUGCAUUUCUUUGGGACGCGCCCUAAAGAGUCCUACAAUGUGGAAAUUGAGCUGCCGGCUAGAGUUGGCUUUAGCAGGGGAGAAGUGUCCUUUAUAUUUUCUCGGAUGGAGGGACCCUACUACAGCGUCACCAGCAAUGAGCAGAGUCUAAAGAACCUCUACCAGGUUGGCAAUACUGGCGUACCUGGUAUGUGGCUCUUCCACAUCGGCAACCGCUACUCCUUCGAGAAUGUUGUGCCCGCCGCUGUGGGUGGUGCUCUCGCCACGCCACGUCCUAGAGGCCAGGAGGGCGAUGACAGCACCACUGCAGGGUACCCAGAGGUAGAGAACCACGAAACCUUCGAAGAAGAAGAACCCGACGAGGACUAUCCACCCAUCGCCGACCCCGACUUCCAAUCCCCCACUAUCCCAGAGUUCCUCCAACCCUCACACUUGGACCAUGGCGCCCUCCCGGGUCAAGCCCGCCUGCAGCCCUAUGGAGGUGACCUUCCUUUAACCUCUGACCCCCAGUAUCGUGAACAUGACAACCAUGGCAAGCCACCUCCAGCAUCCGGUCCGUCGGGUCCAGGGGAGUACCCAGCCCUGGAGCCCGAGCCCAGGAACCAGCCCUCUCUGGAGGACGUGAAACAACAGCAGCAGCUCCAGCCCCAGGCCCAAGCCCCCCAGGUGGUCCCUCAACCGGAGCACACGGUCCUGGAGGUGUUCCCCAACAACAGGGGAGAGAGCAGCGAUCCCCCGCUUGCCCCCCGUGGCGGACAUUUUGUUAGCGUGGUGGAGGAGGAGGACGUGGACUUUGACACAGGAGUGAUCCAGUACAGCACAGAGACCAAGGAGACGUGUGCUCGCUUCCAACAGCAGUGUUCUCAGAACGCUGACUGCACCGACUACUCUUCCGGCUUCUGCUGCCACUGUCGCUCCGGUUUCUACGGCAACGGUCGUCACUGUCUCCCUGACGGUGCUCCACAUCGCGUCAAUGGCAAGGUGAGCGGGACAGUGAUAGUAGGUUCCACCCCUGUGGACCUUAAUAGCGUGGACCUGCAUGCCUACAUCGUAGUGAGCGACGGGCGGGCAUACACCGCCAUCAGCGAGGUGCCCGAGCCCGUAGGAUGGGCACUAAUGCCCGUGGCGCCCAUCGGAGAGCUCUUUGGCUGGCUUUUUGCCCUGGAGCUGCCCAACAGCCAGGCUGGCUUCAAGAUCACAGGUGCUGAGUUCACACGCCACGCCGAGGUUACCUUUUACCCCGGCAACCAGCGGCUGAGCAUCGUCCAGAUGGCCCAAGGAUUGGACAGCGAGAACCACCUCAGUGUUGACACCCGUCUCCACGGCGACGUGCCCUUCAUUGCCCCCGGCGCCACUGUGCAGAUGGAGCCCUACAAGGAGACCUAUCAGUACUACCCUUCAGUGGUGAGGUCCACAUCGGUGCGGGAGUUCACAGUGGUGUCGGCGGAGCGUGGCUCGGAAACAUUCACCUUUCAGCUGCAUCAGAACAUCACGUACCACGACUGCCGCCACGGGCUUAGAGCGGGGCCUGAGACGCUGCAGCUGACCACGGAGCGUGUCUUUGUCAUGUACGUCAAGGACGAGAACAUCUUGAGAUACGCCAUCACCAACAAGAUAAGCCCAGUCGGAGGGCAGGUAACAGGGGGUCCCGCCUCCAAUGUCAUUAGCCGGAUGAUCAAAACCAGCUCCCCCGCUGCAUUCGCUACGACCACCCUCAUUGACUCCCAGCUGCCCUUGGGGCUCCAAGGCCCCAUUCUCACGAGGUGUGGCGCGGAGCCUUCACCCACCAAUGUGGAUGAGUGCGUUGAGGGUCUUAGCCUGUGCGGUGCCCACGCCCAGUGUGUCAACCUGCCAGGGAGCCAUCGCUGCCAAUGCCAGAGCGGCUACAAGUUUGGCUUUGACGGGCGUACCUGUAUAGAUGUGGAUGAGUGCGUUGAGGGUCUUGGCCUGUGCGGUGCCCACGCCCAUUGUGUCAACCUGCCAGGGAGCCAUCGCUGCCAAUGCCAGAGCGGCUACGAGUUUGCCUUUGACGGGCGUACCUGUAUAGACUUGGACGAGUGCCGCUCUCAGCCCUGCCAUCCCCAGGCCACCUGCUCCAACACUCUGGGCUCCUUCCAGUGCCAGUGUCAACACAAUUUCCAAGGAGACGGCUUCCAGUGUGUUCCUAGCAAUGUGCAUCCGGAGCGCCCUAAGACACAGUGUGAGCAGCACAGAGACAGCCUGCAGGGUGGGCUGUCUCCCCGGGGGCCUCGGCCUGUUCCUGGAGGCCUUGCUCCGGGGGCCUUUGUCCCCCAGUGUGAUGAGCAGGGUCAGUACAGAGCCCUGCAGUGCCACGGCUCCACAGGACACUGCUGGUGUGUGGACAGUAGGGGGCAGGAGAGAGCAGGGACCAGGACUUUGCCCAGAACUCCCCCCACCAACUGCGACGGACCAGAUCACACUGAGAGGCCUAAGAGUCAAUGUGAACACCACAGAGACAGUGUCCAGACGACCAGUCCUGAGGGGUACUCCAUCGUGGAGGGUUUUGUACCCCAGUGCGAUGAGCAGGGUCAGUACAGAGCACUGCAGUGUCACGGUUCUACAGGACACUGCUGGUGUGUGGACAACAGGGGGCAGGAGAGAGCAGGGACCAGGAAACCACCCGGUACUGGCCAGCCUAACUGUGAUGAACCAGAUCUUCCUGAGAGGCCUAAGACUCACUGUGAGCAGCAUAAAGACAGUGUCCAGACGAUCAGUCCUGAGGGGUACCCUAUCCCGGGGGUCUUUGUGCCUGAGUGCGAUGAGCAGGGUCAAUACAGAGCCCUGCAGUGCCAUGGUUCCACAGGACACUGCUGGUGUGUGGACAGCAGGGGGCAGGAGAGAGCAGGGACCAGGAAAGGACCCGGCACUAGCCAGCCUAACUGUGAUGAACCAGAUCUUCCUGAGAGGCCUAAGACUCACUGUGAGCAGCAUAAAGACAGUGUCCAGACGAUCAGUCCUGAGGGGUACCCUAUCCCGGGGGUCUUUGUGCCUGAGUGCGAUGAGCAGGGUCAAUACAGAGCCCUGCAGUGCCAUGGUUCCACAGGACACUGCUGGUGUGUGGACAGCAGGGGGCAGGAGAGAGCAGGGACCAGGAAAGGACCCGGCACUAGCCAGCCUAACUGUGAUGAACCAGAUCUUCCUGAGAGGCCUAAGACUCACUGUGAGCAGCAUAAAGACAGUGUCCAGACGAUCAGUCCUGAGGGGUACCCUAUCCCGGGGGUCUUUGUGCCUGAGUGCGAUGAGCAGGGUCAAUACAGAGCCCUGCAGUGCCAUGGUUCCACAGGACACUGCUGGUGUGUGGACAGCAGGGGGCAGGAGAGAGCAGGGACCAGGAAAGGACCCGGCACUAGCCAGCCUAACUGUGAUGAACCAGAUCGUCCUGAGAGGCCCAAGACUCAUUGUGAACACCAGAGAGACAGUGUCCAGACAAUCAGUCCUGAGGGGUACCCUAUCCCGGGGGUCUUUGUGCCUGAGUGCGAUGAGCAGGGUCAAUACAGAGCCCUGCAGUGCCACGGUUCUACAGGACAUUGCUGGUGUGUGGACAGCAGGGGGCAGGAGAGAGCAGGGACCAGGAAAGGACCCAGCACUGGCCAGCCUAACUGUGAUGAACCAGAUCACCCGGAGAGGCCCAAGACUCAUUGCGAACACCAGAGAGACAGUCUGCAGACAACCAGUCCCGAGGGGAAUGUUGACGGGGCCUUUGUACCUCAGUGUGAUGAGCAGGGUCAAUACAGAGCCCUGCAGUGCCAUGGCGCUACAGGACACUGCUGGUGUGUGGACAGCAGGGGGCAGGAGAGGGCAGGGACCAGGAAACCACCCGGUACAUCGCAACCUAACUGUGAUGAACCAGCGGUAGUGCCCCCCACCCAGCGGCCGGAGACGGUGUGCGAGCGUUGGCGGGCCAGCCUGGUGGACCACUACGGGGGCCUGCCCGAGCCCCACCACUACCUGCCCCAGUGCGACCCCCAGGGGCAGUUCAACCCCAUCCAGUGCUACGGCGACAGCAGCUACUGUUGGUGCGUGGACCGGGACGGCCGCGAGGUGGCUGGGACGCGCUCGCACGACGUGGUCAAGCCUGCCUGUGUCCCCACUGUAGCCCCUCCCACCAUGCACCCUCUGCCUCGCCCUGAUGUGACCCCGCCCCCCUCAGGCACCUCCCUCCUGUAUGCCCAGGGACAGCAGAUUGGGGCACUGCCUCUCAAUGGCACACUCAUGGACUCGGAGCGCUCCUCUACACUACUGGCUCUGCAUGGCUCCAUUGUGGUGGGCAUCGACUAUGACUGCAGGGAGAAGAAGGUGUACUGGACCGACCUGGCAGGCAGGACCAUCAACAGAGCCAGACUGGAGCCUGGGGCCGAGCCUGAGACUCUCAUCAACACAGGUCUAACCAGUCCAGAGGGCUUGGCGGUGGACGUGGUGCGCAGGGCCAUGUUCUGGGUGGAUAGCACGCCGGACAAGAUCGAACGUGCUAACCUGGACGGCAGCGGGAGACAGACUCUCUUCGACACUGACAUGGUCAACCCCCGUGCUAUCAUAGUGGACUCUUCCACUGGGACCCUAUACUGGACCGACUGGAACAGGGAGGCCCCGAAAAUCGAGAGAUCCUCAGUGGAUGGCCACAGCAGGAAGGUGCUGGUGAAGGACGGAAUUGGCCUGCCCAACGCCUUGACCUUUGACACAGCCAUGAGACAGGUGUGCUGGGCGGACGCAGGGACCAAGCGUUUGGAGUGCAUUGCGUCCGAUGGGACGGGUAGAAGGGUGAUCCACAGCAACCUGAACUACCCAUUCAGUAUGGUGUUCUAUGCCAACCACUUCUAUUUCACAGACUGGAGGAGGGACGGAGUCAUUGCUCUGAGUCGGGACAGCAGCCAGUUCACAGACGAGUACCUACCUGACCAGAGGUCUCACCUGUACGGCGUCACCAUCGCUACCACCCACUGUCUAUAAGGGAGACAAUGAUAGAGACAAUCGUGUUUAUGGUGCUAUUUUGGCCGUCUUGACGUGCUUGCCCGUGAGAACCCUUCCGCCGUACACUGCUACAGAGGCGGCGAAAGAAGACACUCGUCUUCUGGAGCAAGUGUUCCACCAACCACAGCAAAUUUACAAAACACCAACUGCGACAACCCCCCCCCGCAAAAAAAGUUUUGUACAUUUGUUUUAUACCUCAUUUCUUACUUUCUACUGUAUUUUUGUAUGUGACUUUUUAAAGAAAGCCAAAGAAAAUAGCUUUGAAAUAAGAUCUUUGAGCCACAAGUCCUGUUAUACCUGUCAAUGUGUAUUGAAUGAACACACAGCAAUGCAGUAUGAGUAUUCUGUGCACUAAUAAGAAUUUUGUAUUUCACCACAUGGAAUUUUGUCUUCACAAAUAUCUGUUUUACCAGUUUUUUUAUUUUAAAUCCUUUUAUUUUUUGUAAGAUGUGAUAUUUAUAACAAUAAAAUGUGAUUCAGGA